UAUGGGGGGGCCCAAGGGAAAAAAGUUGGGAACCACUGGCCUAGGGCCAGGGACUUGGAGGUGGGGCCUCCAUUACCGUAACAAACCUAUACACUCAUUCACCAAUCAAGAUGGGAAGCGUAAGACCAGGCUUUUUGUCCAUAGGAUAUAAAAUAACUGUCACUCAGCUGAAGUGGAACCACCAGUUAAUGCAUGAAGAGACUGUGUACAGUGAUGAACAAAAUCCAGCUCUUCUGCACACUGCCUGAUGGCACCGAAACAAAUGCUAGCACAAAGCGAUGCCCUCAUGGAAUCUGACCUAAUGGCCCGAGGUCCAUACCAGUUCUUUGGAAGGGAUCAUGAUUAAUGGUCAUUGGCGCUUUUGGGGAUUUCAUGAGGUUUUGUUACUCAGUUUGUUGAUUAGAGGCUGCUGAGCAGUCGUAGCUUUUUUUUUGUAUAAAAAGAAAUGUGCAUAAAAUCCAACAAAAUCACUGUGAAAUGUCUGAAUUCUUAGGAAUUUCUUUAUUCAUAUUUAUAAUAUUCCAGAGUGAAAACUUUCUGUGAAGUUUGAAGAAGAUUUAUUAAAAAUAAUAAAUGCUAAUAAGCAACCUGAAUAUGUAGCUGUCACUGCCUUCUUCAGUGAAACUGAGCUAGCUAGUGGACCUGAUUUUGGAAAAGCCUUUUGAUGAUCUUACUGAUUGUUACAUGUCCCUUUUUAUGUCUAGGGAUUUUGAGGCAGUAACAUGAGGAAGAGAGGUGACACUUGAUGGGAAAGGAGGGACACAGGCAAAAACCUUUUAGAAAAAAAAAACUUAUUUUACUGUGCACUGUCACAGGUAGAUAUUACAGUAUGUACCCAGGGGUUCAAUACAAAGGUAGUAGGGGAAAAGAAAACUAUAUACAAGUAAAGAUGUGUAAGGACUAUACAAAAACUAUUAAAAAAAAAAUAGCCAGGAAUAUAUAUACACAAUACCCAACCAGGUGACACAGGUGGACUCACAGACGGUCCCAAAUAAAAGAACAAAAAAGAAACUAACUCCUAACCUGUCUAGCCAAAGCUAACUGGAACAAAAGUACAGCGGGUGGCACACGUCUCUAACCUGAUGCCUCUAGACAGAGUAGUGUUCCUAUCAUGAUAAUGUAAAGACACGGGCAGAACUAACCGUCCACACAGAGGGGAAAACAGAACCGACUAGAGAAUAAUACUUAAUACUUUCUCUAGGAGCAAAGCAAGACUACACCAUGAACAACAACUCCCAAAAUCCUCCCCUCCUCCACUUUUAUAGCAAGAGCUCCACUUCCUUUGGCGGAAACCACAACUUAGUUCUAGUCACUAGUCACUGACUGAGGCACCAGCUAUAAGUGAAUCAGGGAAAGGAGAGAAAACAAAGAGGAAGGAAAAAAAAAGGUAACAGUACGUGGCAAAAGCAACAGAUGAAACUAAUAACAGAACACACACACAAUGAGAGAGAGAGAAUUUUUUUUUUCUAAUCUUCAGCGGUCCAGUUUGGGUGAGGUUGUGCUCAUGAGAGCCUCAGAUUCCUGUUCUUGGCUGACAGGAGAGGAACCCAGUGUGGUCUUCUGCUGUUGUAGCAUUCUGAGACUGUGAUUAUUUGAGUCACUAUAGACUUCCUGUCAGCUCAGACCAGUCUGUCAUUCUCCUCUGAUCUCUCUCCUCACCAAGGUGUUUCAGCCUGCAGACCCUCCACACACAGGAUGUUUUUUUGGUUUUUUAUUGCCACUCACUGGAUGGUUUUUUUUUUUCCUUAAUUGCACCGUUCUGUGAGUUCUAGAGAUUGUUGUGUGUGAAAAUCCCAGGAGAUCAGCAAUUAUAGUCAAUCUGUCACCAACCAUCAUGCCAUGAUCAAAAUCACUGAGAUCACACUUUUUCCCCGUUCUGAUGGUUGAUGUGAGCGUUACCUGAAGCCGAUGGCCCGUACCUGCAUGAUUUUCUGCACUUAGAUACACUUUAAUAACAGACACCUGGGAAAAACACUGGCCACCACUGACUGACUAACUCCAGCUCAGCAAACAUUUUAGUGUUAAUGUUAGGGAACAUCAUCAAAGUGCAGGAAAAAAAGAAAACUGAAGUGUUUGACAUUACCAACCAGCUGAUUUCAGUUCAUUUAAAUGUUAUUUGUACAGUGUUUUUAACAAUAGACAUUGUCACAAAACAUCUUUACAGAAAUCUGAUUGUAGAUUUAGAUCCUACCCAGAUAGCAAAGGGACGUUAUUUAACAUUGAAUCACCGUCAGUCAGAUAACAUAGACGUGUUAAAUCAGUGUUGAUUUCUGAUGAUCUGAUUCACUGCCACAAUACACACACUGCUCACUGUUGAAUCAACUGCAUUUAGUCCAUUAUCAAAACACUGAAUUAUAAUCUAAUAAAUCUGCUAAACUGAACCACUAAACUGAAUUCUAGGUGACUCUUAAUGUGGACACUUCCAUGCGUUCUGUUGCAGUACUGUGUUAAAAUUGCUUUGCUUUGUUUGUUUGUUUGCUUCAUUGCUUACUUGUCAUGGUCAAGGUCUUUUCUUUUUCUCUCUAACACACACACACACACACACACACACGCACAUCUGGUAAAUAAUUUGCUCAGCUUUGUAUUCUUGUCUUGUUAUGGUUAUUAAUUCUAACUUCUAAAUUCUUAUAGUUUUUCCAUUGCACAUGGCUCUCUUAGUUUCUAAUCUGUGAUUGUGUCGUUCAGCUUCUGUGAUUUAGUUUUUGUCCAUAAGGCCUGACGUUGCCUCUCUGUUAUAGUAGCUAGUUUUGCGUUUUAUCAGCCUUGCUUGUUUCUGGUUGGAGCAGUUGUAGAUUGUCAUGGUGUAGGCAUUAAGUCCCAACAAUGGUUCAAACCCCGGGGCUCCACUACCCAGUUCACUCCUGCAUGUAGAGCAAUGCAUGUAGUGCUUGUGGUCCUGUUUUGUGUGUUUUUAAGUGUACAGGUUCCCCAGAAGGGGUUUGUUCUAAUCUGUUAGAUGGGAUUCACCAGCAUGCAGUGCGUCUCUGCUUUAAAGAUAGCUUCCUCUCAUUUGUUUAAAUUGCUUGACACACAACACACACACCACUCAAUCUUCACUCCAGACAACAUCCCGACAUUACUGACUACUGAUAUGAGCCGUCUAAUGCUAUAGUUUUGCGUUCUGUAUUAAACGUAGUCUUUGGCAAUAGCAAACUCCACCUGCUGCCUCCCUCUUGUUGUGGUCCAGGCGGAGAGCGUAACAGUGAGCUAUAGAUUUUUCUGACAGAAAUCCUUUUGCUAUAAUGUGUUGAUGCUAAAUGUGUUCCUAUUGUGGGAAUACAAAGAGCUAUUCUUUCUCAACAUGUAUAGUUUCUGCCACUCUUGUUCCUUUAUUUAUAAGUCAAAUGAACCAAGAUACUGUAACUAUCACCUUUUUGUAACUGUUGCUCCUUUCAUAUCCUUUGAACUGGGUACCAUUGUUUGUGUUCCUCAAUACCUGAAUGUACCCCCACAGGUGUGGAUUUUUCUUUGUUUCUAUGAUAAUGAACUGUCUGAGUAGGAUAGUUAUGUUGAUUGAAUUAAGACCAGUGAAACGGGGCGGGUGCCCAGAACUGUCUACUUCAUUUGCAUGCUUAGGAUCGCCACCCUAGUGCUUUGCCUUCAUCUCUAGGCACUGCCCCUAAAUGUAUAUAAUCUACAGUGUAUCACUGCCUUAGUCAGACUUGAUGACUGCAGCGACCGACCAGCUUGUUCUCAGUAAAGAAUCCUGCUGAAGAGAACCCAAGUCUCCUGGUCUUCACUCAAAAAGUUUUGAACACUAUUAAACGGUUCUCCUCAGGGCUGGAUAUUCUGACGUAUUUGAUGCUGCUGAAACUGGUGGUGAUUUACAGUGACAUGACUUCGGCCAUCUUGCCUUGAAUGCAAACCUUUGUGUUUAAUAUGUUUGUUAAAAUAUAAUAUUAUAUUAUAUAAUUAGAUAAUAUUUGUUUGUUGUAGAAAAUGUGCACACAAUGAGGGCACAAUGGACAUCAUGACCUCUUUUUCUUAAUUUCUUACACUGGGGGAAAACGUGCAUCUCGGCACCUGCUGUUUUUACUGUAUGCAUAUUCUACUGAAUAUUCCUAAAGAUGGCAAUUCUCCAAUUAGAAACGCUCAUUUUAAACAGGAAAUUUCCACACACUCCUCCAGACAGUAUCAGGGCAUCAUGACCUCCGUUUUUUCCAUUUGCAUCGUAUUGGGCACCAUGUGUGUGAGCCUCCUCUCUGCAGAAGCUGAGAUCACUGUAUCUGGCCAAGUGGGGUCUACACCUGUCCUGCCGUGUGAACUGCAGAGUGUAGGCACUGAAACACCGUAUAUUUGGUGGAUCACUGAAUCUAAGACUGUGUUUGAGCGAUUGGGUGAGGAGAGCUAUCAGGGUGAGGGAUAUGAGGGCCGUGUGGACGUCCCUGAGGAAGAGCUGCGUAAGGGGAACUGUUCCUUGGUGUUGCGCAAUCUGACACUUACUGAUGCAGGUGUCUACACGAGCUACCAGAUAGUGAGACGCACCAAGAGAUCUGCCUCUGUCAUUCCAAAAACAGACGAGAUCAGCCGUGUUAAUCUCUCAGUCCAGGUUUCCCCUCUUAAAGAAACAAACAGAAAUAUUUCACCCGCUCCCACAGGUGAUGCAGGAAUGAAGAUUCCUCACCCACUGAUCAUGGUCUUGACCCUCAUCUCACGUUUACUCCUCCAGCUCGUCUAUGAAGAAACAUGAGUGUGACCUACAGCUUUGCACAGGACUCUGUGUUUCAAUCCCACACCUACCGAAAAAAAAGCUGCUUUUAAAUUACACACGGCAAUUCUGUGGUGCUGACCAAUCAGGACUCAGGAGGCAUAACUAAGGGUUUCUGUGUUCUAGCAGAUAUUAUAGCAGUAUUUGUUAGGAAGGUUAAUGUCUCCUGUCAGAAGGUUACAGCCAGUAGCUGACUGGACUAAAAAUAUUAUUUAUUAAGCAUUAAAGCACAAUUUGCACUGCUGUUAUGGUAAAAUAGUGAGUGAUGUGAAGCGAGUUGCCAAUGAUUACAAUGUUUGCAAGUUUACAAUUUUUUAAAAAAUCUCUCCUUAUGGCAAACUUCACCAUAUCAAUGAUUACACGUUUUUUAAUCCGUUAAUGUGGAGCAUCUGCCAUACAAGGCCCUGUGAAUGAGCUGUUACUAUAGAAACGAUAUGUAUUACAGUGAGGAAGUAUCAAAGUACAAGUAUAAAAUUAGUGUAACAGUAUGAAAUAGUGAUUUUUAUUUUUCCCCAUAUGCUGCCUGUGUCUCCCUAAACAAUAUUUCCUAUGUAUGUCUUUAAUUUCUCCUUGUUCUUGUUUCUAUACAAGUAGUGACAAUCCUGACAGACACCUCUCAUGUUUACUUGGGGACCAGGUGAAAGAGGGUGUCCUGUGUGAGUCUUGUCUGCAAGUGAAGUGAAGUGUACUGUAGUGUGCACACACCUUCAACACCAAACAACUGAUCACAACGAUUCAAGUCAUGUAGGGUGGAAUGGUCAGCGAUUCAGACAUACUGAAGGUCCUGUCGUGUGCACUCAGCAUUAGUGUGACUGGACUUUGUUUCAGAAUUGUACUUGAGCAGGAUUUUGUUCCGGACAAACCAGUUUGUUCUUCUCAUAGUGUGCCGUAUCAAACGAUUUCCACUUAUCUGCACUUUACUCUGGGUUAAGCUGGUUUUACAAUGUGCAGUUAUAGCAGCCCUUUAUAAUUAUUAUAAUUGUCACAUUAUAUAUAGAGAUGAGCCCAAAAACAUUUUAUCAGAAUAACAGUCUGUGCGAUAAGACUGUGUGUGUUCUUCAUGACAGGUUAUAUGAUGAAGAUCCUAGCGCUACGAUUUAAAAAUUACUAUGUUCUGAUAUACUGGGAUGCGCUGUGAUGCAGCACAGGUUAGAAGCUCUUUAACUGGAAAGCAAGAAAUAGUUUCAUGUUGUCUUAUUAAUAAAUAAACUGUGUAAUCCUAAGAAGUCCUCUUAUUGGCGGAUGUUAGGUGUGUCGUAGCAGGGCUCACACUGAGACUUUAAUCAAAACUUUGUUGUCAGCUGUCUUUGGUCCUAGUGAUGCUAAAUCUGCACCAGUGAGCAUGUCACAUUAUGCAUUGUAAGAGCACGGCUCUCUACUCCUGACCAAAGUUUCUCCUUUACAGUGUGCGAUGUGACAGCAAAACUGGGCUGAAAAUGGUACAGCGUAAAGCUGGAUUUACACUAAAUGGAGCUGAUCUACACUGAACAAUGUCACAUGUUAUGAAACUUCAGUGUUCACCUUUAUAAAACAGAAAUGCAAUAAACUUUUAUCAUAAA